AUCAGAACUGACCCGAUACAAUAAUGAGAAGAUCCGGAUUGUGAUGGUGGGGAAGAUUGGAGCUGGGAAGAGCGCCACAGGAAACACCAUCCUGGUAAAGGAAGACUGUAAAUCAAUGUUCUCCUUUCUAUCUGUGACCGCAGGCUGUGCUAAGGCCUAUGGUGAGCUGGAUGGACAGAAGGUUUCUGUCAUCGACACUCCAGAACCAACCAUGUACAACAAUGAAGAGAUCCGGAUUGUGAUGGUGGGGAAGACUGGAGCUGGGAAGAGUGCAGCAGGAAACACCAUCCUGGGACACAACUGCUUUGAAUCUGUUUUCUCCUCUAAAUCUGUGACCGCAGGCUGUGCUAAGGCGUAUGGUGAGCUGGAUAGACAGAUGGUUUCUGUCAUCGACACUCCAGAACCAACCAUGUACAACAAUGAAGAGAUCCGGAUCGUGAUGGUGGGGAAGACCGGAGCUGGGAAGAGUGCAGCAGGAAACACCAUCCUGGGACACAACUGCUUUGAAUCUGUUUUCUCCUUUGAAUCUGUGACCGAGCAGUGUGCUAAGUCGUAUGGUGAGCUGGAUAGACAGAAGGUUUCUGUCAUCGACACUCCAGGUCUGUUUGACACCAAUACUGAUGAAGAGACAACAUGUAGAAAUAUCUCCCAGUGUAUGGCUUAUGCUUCUCCUGGACCCCAUAUCUUUCUGAUUAUCAUCAAACUGUGCCGAUUCACAGAAGAAGAAAAGAAGACAGUGAAGAAGAUUCAGAAAAUCUUUGGAGAGGAAGCAAACAAAUACAGCAUGGUUCUCUUUACCCAUGGUGACCUGCUCAAAGGGAAACCUAUCGAGGAGUUCUUGAAGAAAUGCGAAGGCCUGCAGAAGCUUGUGACUAAAUGUAACGGCCAGUACCACGUCUUUGAUAACAACCUCUCUGAUAGAUCUCAGACGAGAGAGCUCCUCAACAAGAUCAGAAAAAUAACAGAAAAGAACACAGGAAACCAUUACACCACUGAGAUGUUUCAGAAGGCAGAGAGGGCGAUUGAAGAGGAGAAACAAAGAAUCCUCAAAGAGAAAGAAGAGCAAAUGAGGAAAGAGAGGGAGGAACUAACGAGGAAAAUAGUGGAAAAAUUUGAGCAAAGGAUAAUGGAAGCGAAGGAAGACGCAAAGAAGGAGAAACAGCGAAUCCAGAAAGAGAAUGAAAAGCAAAAGUACAAAUUUAAGAAGGAACUGGAGAGGAAAAUAAAAGAAAAACAUGAGAAAGUAUUAAAGGAAGCGGAGGAAGCGAAGAAAAAAGAACUAAAAGAGAAAAUGAAAGCACUGGAGGAAGAACAGGAAGAGAAGGCUAGAAGAGAGGCAGAGAAGAGCCCUACAGUGCUCGCAAAGAUUGGUCGUGGACUUGCGGUGUUGGGGGCUGUUGGGGCUGGGGUGUUGGUGGGGGCUGCGGUGGCGGUGGGGGCUGGGUUGGCUAUUGUGCCUGGGGCAGCUGUGGCAGCUGUGGGGGCUGUUGGGGUUUUAGGGGCUGUGGCGUUAUUUAAAAAAUAACUACAGCUCAUUGUAUCCGACCAUUAUAAUGUCAGUGUUUAAAACUGAUCUGUUGUUUCUCAAGUUCCUCUCACCUUUUGUUUUAGACAUAUUUUGAAAAUAAAACUAAAAGACUAAAGGGACUUUCAGACAGGACACGGUGGGGGCUACGCGCUGCUGUCAAGACCAUUCAUUGUCUAUGUGUAGCUCUGCACAAGAGCGUAUCUGCACAAGGUCUUGUUUGCCAGUUGGACCAAUAGUAUCUGUCUGCAGUCUGCAAGACCCAAUUUCAAAUAUCUUUAUUUAUCCAUUAGGAACUUCAGUUGUGUAAAAAAAGCAUCAGUGCGCAUACAGCUCAGCACAAAAAAACAAACAAACAAAAGAACACGCACACAUACAAGUGGCUGUAUUAAAAGCAUGACAAUUGUUAUGAAAGGUUAAAAGAGUGGUGUUAAAAAUAAAUGAACAAAUGGAUCAGCCAUUCAUGAGCCUGAUGGAUGUGGGCACGAAGCUUGAAAUGGCUCUCUUAUUUCUGAAAGUUUGAGAUCUGUGUCAUCGGUAUCUUCUGCCCACUACAAUCUUCUAAAUGGUGUUUGACCCUGCUGAGGCCGUGUGGCUCGGUUUACUUUGGUUCACCAUCUAUUUUUAUCCAUUCAAACAAAUAAACGAAGAACAUUUUUAUUUAUGAAACACAUGACUCACAUAAGUGCCUCCAACCAAAGCCGUAGUAUCCUCCAAGGUAUAGAGAAGAAGCCCUGCGAAUCUGCCUGGUUCACGGUCUUCAAGCUAAAACCACAUAUGAACUUGGUAUCACCUGCGGAUGUAUCACGCGUCUGCUAAUCUGCAUUGUUGAGGUUUUACAGAAUCUUGGAGAAAAGAGACAGUUUGGCUAUAAAAGUGCUGUGGAAAAGCUUUAGUUCUUCUAAAGGGCUCCACGUCACUCUGACUUUUAAGUGUCUACUCUCUCGAGUUUAAGCUUUUAAAUUUGUAUUUUACUUUUUACAUUUUUAUAUUUUUACUUUUACUGUUUUGUAUUUGCAUUUGGAAUAUCUUUUGAAGUUUUUUCAAUAAAUUUUCUGAAGAUUUUUGAAA